CAUUUUCAGGAUCAUGGAGCGAAAACUGGAUCUGUCUCGUCUGUCGGACGAAGAAGCAAAACACGUCUGGGAGGUGAUUCAACGAGACUUUAACCUUCGGAAAAAGGAGGAGGACCGACUCGGCGACUUGAAGACUCAGAUCGAGAAGGAGGACACGAAGCGAGAGCUGCUGGGCUCUCAGAGUCCUCUGUCCGACUCCAUGUGCAUCAGGUGUCUUCAGCCCUUCAAGUUCCUGGUGAACAGCAAACGUCAAUGUCUGGACUGCAACAUGUUCACCUGCAAGUCCUGCAGCCGCUACAACAAGAAGGAGCACGGCUGGGUGUGUGACAACUGCCGCAUGACCAGGGUGUUGAAGAUCGGCACUGUGGGUUGGUACCAUGACAACGUCAGGAACCGAUUCAAGCGCUUCGGCAGCGCGAAGGUCAUGAGGUCGUUGUACAAGAGGCUGAACGGGGACGGUGGACGUGAUGAUGACACGCAGAGUAUGCCUGACGUCCGUAACUACAUGUGCAACGUUAACGAGGACGACCACGGCGAGUCCGAGGCUCAGCGCUACAAAGCGAUGAGGAAAAGUAAACGUCUGCUGUCUGUUCAUCCACUGGACUUCGACUCCGAGGAAUAUUACCCUCAUUCACGACGAACAUCUGUGCAGCAGAUGCAUGAAGAUCGAUUUUACAGAAAUGACGCUGAUUAUGAGACGUACAAUCACCGUGGCAACCGCAGGAAGAGUCUGGACCGGUACGCCAUGAGGCCGGAGGACAGCGUGGAGAACCGGAUGGUGAGAACUCGCUCUCUGUCCAAGAUCAGCUCGUCGGUUGCUAGGCAACAGUACGUUGAUACCUCCGAUGAGGAUGAGUACCCGCGGUACCCCCCCCCCAUGUACCAGCAGCCCCCCCACCGCCGCAAGAACAGCCGGGCGUCGCCUCAGGAGAACCUGGGACAAGCCCCGCCUAUCAACGAGCUGAGCAAACGCAUGUCGGCCAUCGAGAGCCUGCUGAGUCGUCUGGAGGAGAAGAUGACGCCCGGCGACGAGGCGUCGACUCCGUCCAAUCACAACGAGGAGGAGAAGCUGCGCAGGAAGUUGAGCGAGUUGGCGGGAAACCUGAGCGAUAAGGGCGUGUCCUCGGACGACGAGAAGAAGCCCCUCCCUCUGGGUAAAGGUGCAGCCGGCGGCCGCGGCGCUGCCGCGACCCUGAGUUCCCUGAAGGUCAAAGAACUGAGCUCGUCCAGUGACGAGGUCCCGACCGAGGCUCAGAAGAGAUCAACUGCCGCCGCCCUCUGUGACCUCACCACUGAGGUCCUGAGAACCAUUAAUGCCACAGAAAACGCAAUGGUCGCGUACGGCCUCUCAGAGCCGACCGACAGAUCCCACUUAGUAGGGACUGAUGUAAAGCAAGCAGAUGAUGCUUUCAGGGAACUUGAGGAAAAUGUGUACAUCACCGCGGGUCAGUCGUACGAACUGGAGACAAAACUUCGGAAACUGGAGCAGAGCGCCAAAAAUCAUUUUGGAGGGACGACGGACUCUGAGCUGUCGGAGCUGGAGGACGUGGUGGCGCUCACGGCCGCCAGAGUCCAGGGCGCCGAGAGCGAGGUGUCUGAUAUCGAGAGUAAAAUCGCGGCUUUGAGCGCCGCAGGUUCCAAGAAGAAGACUCCAGGAUCUCAUCAGAGGAAAAGAUCCACUCAGGAUCUGUCCAAAACUAACGGAGCUCAGUGGAGAUCCAACAACGUUUACUGAACCUGAGAACACAAGAUCCAGAGAACGAAAGAACCGGAGAACCUGAGAACACAAGAACCAGAGAACACUUGAACCUGAGAACCUGAGAACAUAAGAACCAGAGAACCAGAGAACAAGAGAACCAGUGGACACAAGAACCAGAGAACACAAGAACCAGAGAACACAAGAACCUGAGAACUUGAGAACUUAAGAACCAGAGAACCAGAGAACCAGAGAACCAGUGAACACAAGAACCAGAGAACACAAGAACCAGAGAACACAAGAACCUGAGAACAUAAGAACCAGAGAACCAGUGAACACAAGAACCAGAGAACACAAGAACCAGAGAACACAAGAACCUGAGAACCUGAGAACACAAGAACCAGAGAACACAAGAACCAGACAACACAAUAACCUGAGAACCUGAGAACACAAGAACCUGAAACACAAGAACCAGAGAACACAAGAACCUGAGAACCUGAGAACAUAAGAACCAGAGAUCCAGUGAACACAAGAACCUGAGAACACAAGAACCAGAGAACAUAAGAACCUGAGAACACAAGAACCAGAGAACACAAGAACCUGAGAACCUGAGAACACAAGAACCAGAGAACCAGUGAACACAAGAACAAGAGAACCAGUGAACACAAGAACCAGAGAACACAAGAACCAGGGAACACAAGAACCAGAGAACACAAGAACCAGAGAACACAAGAACCUGCGAACACAAGAACCUGCGAACACAAGAACCAGAGAACACAACAACCUGAGAACACAAGAACCUGAGAACACAAGAACCUGAGAACAAAAGAACCAGAGAACACAAGAACCAGAGAACACAAGAACCUGAGAACACAAGAACUUGACAACACAAGAACCAGAGAACACAAGAACCAAAGAACCGUAAAACCCUAAAACUAGAGUCAGAGAACGACGAAACAGAAAAAAGGUGUAAAGGUCAAGGAGAUGCUGAGGUCAACAUGGGUCUUUAAAGAUGUAAACAUCUUAGAGGGCGGAGCUUCAUCAAGUCUAAACAGAAUUUAACGUUUCAAAAAUGUAUAACAAUUACAAAAGUAAAAAUGUUAUGUGUCAAUAUUUUUUAUCCUCAAACUAACAAACAAACAGACACAUUUAGUUUAUAUAUUAAUGCUAUGCAGUCAAAUAUAUGGUUGAUUUCUUAUGUGUCAAUUACAAAAUAAAAUAAUAAAAUACAAACCCACGUCCUUAGAACUACAGAGUUAAACAUUUGUUACGUUAUGUAACAUAUUUGAAAUUAAAAACGUAGUGAGAUAAAGAAAUAAGUAUUAAAAUAAAAACGUUUUAAAGAAUAAAUUCAUCAUUUAUUCUUUCACAGGCCUGAAAAUAUAUAUUGAGAAAAUAAAAUAAUAGAUGUUAAAACCAUAUAAAUAAAAUCAAAACACAUUCACAGAUUAAUCAGCUGGUGAUUUUUUUUUUUUAAAUGUUGCUUUACUUAAAUAGCUUAAGUAAAUCAAUAUUAUCAAUCUGUUUGUGGAAAAGUCGAGAAGUAAAAUUUAUUGAAUGAUGUCAAAUCAAUGUGAGUAAAAACGAAUUAAUAACGGUUUUCUCUCGUUUCCAUUUGUUGAAUAAAUCACUGAUCCAUCGCCAGCUGAUUGGAUUUUAUUGCUCAUUCUAAGAACAUUUAGACGUUUAGUUUCUCACUUAUUGAUUUCAGAUUGUUGACCUCAAUGUUCUGAUCAAUAAACUAUGAAACUCUU